CCAGCCCAACAAACCAGAGGAGCACUUCUAAGCCAGGAACAUCUUCAGGAUGGACAUAUUCCUUCUCUGUGUGUUCCUGCCUCUGGUGACUGUGGCAUGGGGCCAGUACAGUGACUAUUACUAUGGUCCCUAUAAUUAUGGAGAUAACGAUGAGUGGGUCAACGUGUACCGGCAAGGUUUCAACUUUCAGUGCCCACAUGGGCAGGUGAUCGUGGCCGUCAGAAGCGUCUUCAGCAAGAAGGAAGGCUCUGACAGACUGUGGAACUAUGCCUGCAUGCCAGCACCCCAGAGCCUCGGUGAGCCGACAGAGUGCUGGUGGGAAGAGAUCAACAGGGCGGGAACCGAAUGGUAUCAAACCUGCUCAAACAAUGGGCUGGUGGCCGGUUUCCAGAGUCAGUAUUUUCCAUCGGUGCUGGACCGUGAAUGGCAGUUUUAUUGCUGCCGCUAUAGCCGGAGGUGUCCAUAUUCCUGCUGGUUAACAACAGAAUAUCCAGGACACUAUGGAGAAGAUAUGGACAUGAUGAUGUACACUUACGACUAUUAUAUCCGUGGGGCAACCACAACUUUCUCUGCUGUGCACAGGGAUCGUCAGUGGAAAUUUAUUGUCUGCAGGAUGACAGACUAUGACUGCCCAUUUCAAAAUGUUUAAAAAGAUUGAGUGUAUUCCACUUGGAAAGCUUGGGGACAGACAGGGUGGGAUUCAAUUAGUGAUUACAGAAGAUCUAUUAGGCUCACAAAAACAUACCAAGAUUUAUUAGCUGUCUGCUGAAGACAUAAUUCUUUCCCUCUGGAGCAAAUACAUAAAUUGCCAGCCCACAUGCUUGCAACAGUGAAUGCAGAGGAUUCUUUCAAGCUGCACUAAUAGUUGUGUCCCCCAAUUAAAUUUGCUUAUGACAUACAUAUUUAUGAUACACAAAUCUAUGGCGCAUGCUCAGUUACCUUUCUUAUACAUACAUAUAGCCAUUCUAAACACAUACACCUUCCUUUCACAUAGCAGCUCUAUAGAAAUGGCUUCCCAGCACCAUAGCUGCUCCGAAUGAGGUGGAAACAUACUAUACACUUCCCAGCAUACACUAGACUUUCCUGUCUUCUACAUCAUACUUGGAACCAAUCCAGUGACCCCCCACCAGCUUCUCAGAGCUGGAAGUGUGCAGAAAAUAUCAUUGGGAGGUGUCUGAUGGGCUGCACCUGACAUUACCUGUUACAGCCCUCAGCACAACUCCACUGCAACAAAGGUAUGCCCACAUGGGAGAAUUCUGGGUAUUUACAACAGGAAGACAUCAAUAGCCGUUAAAAAUGAGAGUAGAUCUACCAAUAAAAACAGAAAACUAACACAGCUUUACUGAGAGUCUCUUUUAUAUUGUCUUAAAAAUCUAUGAUGACAAAACUAACCAUGAACUCUGCUCUGGGCAAACCCAGGAGUAGGUCAGGCCAUUCACUCUCAGUAAAUAUGGAUACCACAUUCUUCAGGAGUCUGAAUUUCAGGUGGAUUUGGUUUCCACUAUGGGUGCCCGUACAACAUCCAUCUUCCCUUGGUAAUAAAUUCUUAGCUUAGAAUAGACAAAGUUAGUGAUUUAGGUGACCUUAGUUCCUCCAGUUUGCAGAUCCUAUAAAGUAUAAAUUCAUGAUGUUUCAACACUACACAGCACUUGUGCAGCUGCAGUCCAGGAAGAAAGACUAUUGAUUUGCUUCAGAAAGAUCUGAGGUAGGAUUUUCACUCUUGAACAAGCCAGAAUUUAGGUUUCAGUUUCUUAGUUGAUGAAUUCAAUAGUGAACUUAGCAGUGGCUUUGGUGCUGCUGGCUCAAGGGCCAUGAUGACUCCAUGUGCCAAUUUAAGGCUGCAAAGCUUCAUAGGAAACAGUGGUGACUGCCAGUGAAUUUCCAUAUUUCAAACAUUUUUAGCAUGUUUAGAAGCAUACCCUCUUGUCCAAUAAAGGAAUGAUAGGUUUUGCUUUGCUGUA